GCGUGACGUCACCGCCUACAACUCUCCCAGAAUUUGGAUCAAGAAGUUUCACUUUUUUUUGGUGGGAUUUGAACCUCUGUCGUUAUUUCCUAGAAAGCGAGAUUUCCACGAGCACUAAAGGGCAUCGAUUUAGAAAACCCCCCCCGCACACCCAGAGAGGAGAAAAGGUGUCUGAUCCUGUAGUCGCUGCCAUCACUUAGCGUUAACAUUUGGAACCAUGUGGAACCCAACGAACAGUAACGACCAGACGGGGCAAGUGGCUGCCCGGAUGGAGACCACACCGUCUUUGGGCAGCGCGAGCAUCUCAAUCUCCCAGCAGCAGGCACCCAAGAAAUUCGCCCCGAUGGUUGCACCCAAGCCCAAGUUCAACCCAUACAAACAGAUGGGAGAGCCCACCCACUCUGACCCUGCAGACUACCCUCCCCCUCCACCACCUGCCGAGGAAUCAACCGGUUUCCCAUCAUCCCCCGGUUCCUUCCCUCCACCGCCGAUGAACUCGUACGAUUACCAGAUGAAAGGACCGGAGAAGACGCUGGAGGAGAGACGCUCCAGUCUGGACGCCGAGAUCGACUCGCUCACCAGCAUCCUGGCAGACCUGGAGAGCAGCUCGCCCUACAAGCCGCGCACCGCACAGAACUCUGGAUCCUCAGCAGCCUCCACUCCCAGUGCUCCAGUAACCGGCUACAAGCGCAUGGUCAUCCCAACUCAGCCACCGCUGACGGCCACGAAGAAGUCUACACCCAAACCUCAGGCUCCUGGGGGUGUCUCUUCUAUCCCCCCUUCCUCUGUCAGCCCGGUGGCCAAGCCUCAAAGCCACACAGCUCCUCAGCCUGUCCCAGCAUCCUACGCUACAGCCUCAACCCCGAGCCAGCCCACCUUCAACGUCCAGGUGAGGUCGGCCCAGCCUGGCCCCCAGCAUCAAGCCCCGGCAGGGCACCAUUUUGGCCAGCAGCCCAUCCGCAGUCCCGCGCAGGUGCAGUACAUGCCGGCCCAGCCCAAAGGUCCCGACUUCGCCUACGGACCGCCGCAGCCCGGCUUCUCCCCGAUGGCUCAGGGUGCAUAUCAAGAACAGCACCAUCCAGGAGUAGCUCAAGUAGGCGGGCUGAGCUCCAGGAGACCUGACCCUGUCCAAGCAUACCAGCCUGUUGGGCCCAAGAAGACCUACAUCACAGAUGUUCCACCAGGCAUGGCUUCCUACACCUCUGGACCUGCUGUCCCACCAAAGGGCAGCGCUCCGAUGGCCCACCCUGAGGAUGAGCUGGAGCGUCUCACCAAGAAGAUGCUGUUUGACAUGGACAACCCUCCAUCUGAGGAAUAUUUUGGGCGCUGUGCCAGCUGUGGAGAGAACGUGGUGGGUGAGGGCACCGGCUGCACUGCCAUGGACCAGGUCUUCCAUGUCGACUGCUUCGUCUGCAUGACCUGCAGCACCAAGCUGCGUGGCAAGCCCUUCUACGCUGUGGAGAAGAAGGCAUACUGCGAGCCUUGCUAUAUUAACACCCUUGAGACCUGCACCAUCUGCAGUAAGCCCAUCAUGGAGCGCAUCCUGCGGGCUACAGGGAAAGCCUACCACCCUCACUGCUUCACCUGCGUGGUGUGCCACCGCAGCCUGGACGGCAUCCCUUUCACCGUGGACGCCUCCAACCACAUCCACUGCAUCGAGGACUUUCACAAGAAGUUUGCUCCACGCUGCUGUGUGUGCUCUGAGCCAAUAAUGCCGGCGCCGGGCCAGGAGGAGACCGUCCGCAUUGUGGCCCUGGACCGCGACUUCCACGUGCAGUGCUACCGCUGUGAGGACUGUGGCUCCCUGCUCUCAGAGGGGGACAACCAGGGCUGCUACCCUCUGGACGGACACGUCCUCUGCAAAAACUGUAACACCAGCCGCAUCCAGGCCCUCACCGCCAAGGCCACCACUGACCUCUGAACAAGCCGCCGCCCGGUCACCUCCACUGUGAUAAUCCAACGCUCUCUCUCUCUCUCUCUCUCUCCCUCUCUCAUUCUCUCUCUCUCUCUCUCUCUCUCUCUCUCUCGCAAACAUACCCAUCCACACACGCUUGCAUUCCUCAGCAUACACAUAUAUAUCCCUCUAUAUAUAUAUAUAAUUAUAUAUAUAUUCACCUUCAGUAACAAGAAAUAGCAUCACGUGUUCACCUGCAGACAUUAUCUAUUGACUCGGUACAAUCACAGAAGAAGAAGAAGUGUUUUUGUUGUUGUUGUUUUUUUUUUAACUGUGUUGCUGUUAAAGGAAUAGUUCCACAUUUUGGGAAAUACGUUGAUACACUUUCUUGGCGAGAGCGAGACGAGAAGAUUGAUGCCUGUACGCUAAGUAUGAUGCUACAGUCGCCGGGCGGUUAGCUUAGCUUUAGCAACAAAAAACAGAAACAGCCUGA